CUCCAGUUAUGAUUGUAUGCAAAGCAUAAUCAGUAAAUCAAAUCACGAACGCAUUGGUCGAAAAAUUUGCAACAUUUUGCCUUGACAAAUUUUUUUUAUACUCAACCCCAUUGUCAUCGAACGAAAAACUUUGAAAUCGUUUCAAAAAGUGUUUGGAAAAAAAAUUAAGUAAAAAACGGAAUGAAAUGAUCGGUUCGUGUUUGAAUUAUUUGCUUGGAAAAUUGUGUGCGCUAUUUUCACACAUCACAAUAUGUCGAUCGAGAAAACGGAAGAAAUCAAUUCAAGUGAUGACGAAAACGAACAAUGAAGUGCUCAGCAUUGCUUUGCAUCAUGGUGUCAAUGCCGAGGGUCAAUUAUAUCGAUUGAAACGUGGAACGAAGUUACGACUUGUACCCGCGCCCAACCUACUCGGACGCAGCGUUGCACUCUACUGCAACUAUCCGGUUACAGGUAGCGAUACUGAUGAGAAAGCUGAAUUCAUCCGAAAUCAAUACCUACAUUUGAAUUGGUACAGUCGUGAUGGAAAGAAACUCAGUGAUGGUUUGCAUCCAUAUACACAAAUCACCGAUCUGAAUACACAUUGUGAACUUGAACUAAAUCGAUCCGGCACAUUUCAUUUUUACUUCAUUUACGACACCAAUAAUGAACGUAAAAAGCAUCAAGGAUCACUGUACAUUCAAGUGGAACCAAAAAUCACUGUCGGUACACAAAAGAGUAGCAAAGAUAUUCCAUUGGAUUCGAUUCGUUGUCAAACGGUUCUAUCAAAAUGUUUGGGACCACUAUCAACAUGGGAGAAAAAAUUAAUUGUUGCCAAAAACUCUGGCUACAAUAUGAUUCAUUUCACACCGAUUCAGGAACUUGGAGACUCAAAAUCAGCAUACUCAUUGAAGAAUCAAUUAAAACCAAAUCCCGAUUUUAACGAUGUUCCGAUCAAUGGAAAACUCAAUAAAAAUGCAACAUUCGAAGCCAUCGAAAAAGUGAUCAAAAAAAUGCGUACCGAAUGGGGUGUCACAUCGAUUUGUGACAUUGUAUUGAAUCAUACUGCCAACGAAUCGGAAUGGAUUCAUGAACAUCCAGAUGCAACAUAUUCAUGUCUUACAAUGCCACAUUUGCGUCCGGCAUUUUUAUUGGAUGUCGUUUUUGGUUGGGUUACACGUGAUGUAUGUGCAGGCAGUUUGGAAAAUGUUGGCGUACCACCACUCGUCGAAACAGAGGAUCAUAUUCAAUCGCUACGUCAUCACAUUCACACCACAUAUCUAUCGAAAGCAAAUCUACCGCAAUUCUAUCAGUGUAAUAUUGAAAAGUAUGUGCAAUUAUUUAGCGAAAAGAUUCGUACUGGAAAGCCACCAACGGCCAGUAAUGCUGUACAUGAAGAGGAGUUGGUCUUAAUUCAAGAUUUGGAAUACAAACGUCUUGGAACGACCAUCGAUUUCGAUUAUGCAUUGGCAAAAUACAAUGUUUUCCGAUCGGAUUCAUUCGAUGAGGAUACACGUCGACGCAAGUGUAUCGAAGCAUUCCGAUCGAAAUUGGAACAAUUGAAUGAGGACGUUCGACAAGAGAUACAAGGUUUUUUGGACUAUGGUGUUGAGAAUGCAUUGGCUGGUGUACGAUACGAACGUGUACAAGGCGAUGGACCACGUGUACGUGUUAAUGAUAACAGUCAUCCAUUGUUUAGCCGAUAUUUUACGCCAGAUGAAAAGAAUCUAACGUUCGAUGAGUAUGAGAAAUUGAUUUAUACCGAUAAAGGAAAACAAUUUAUGGCGCAUAAUGGAUGGGUUAUGAGCGCAGAUCCAUUAAAUGAUUUUGCAUUGCCACAAACAGGCAGAGGUAAUGUUUACAUCAAACGUGAAUUGAUUGCAUGGGGUGACAGCGUUAAAUUGAGAUUUGGUGAGAGACCCGAGGACAGUCCAUAUUUAUGGAAUCAUAUGCGAAAAUAUGUGGAGACAACGGCACGCAUUUUUGACGGUGUCCGUUUGGAUAAUUGUCAUUCGACACCAUUGCACGUUGCUGAAUAUAUGCUUGACUGUGCCCGUAGAAUCAAUCCGGAAUUAUAUGUUGCAGCCGAAUUGUUCACCAAUUCAGAUCAUACUGACAACAUUUUUGUCAAUCGAUUGGGCAUCACAUCGUUGAUUCGAGAGGCAAUGUCGGCUUGGGAUUCACACGAAGAAGGACGUCUGGUGUAUCGAUAUGGUGGCGCUCCAGUUGGUGCAUUCUACAAUAAUCUCAAACGUCCACUUGCAUCCGGUAUUGCUCAUGCGCUAUUUUUAGAUUUGACCCAUGAUAACCCGUCGCCGAUUGAGAAACGAUCCGUAUUUGAUUUACUUCCAUCUGCCGCAUUAGUGUCAAUGGCAUGUUGUGCGACUGGCAGCAAUCGAGGAUAUGACGAACUUGUUCCACAUCACAUUCACGUGGUCAAUGAGGAAAGACAAUAUCAAGAAUGGGAGAAUGGUGUUGAUUUCAAAUCUGGAAUUAUCGCUGCAAAACGUGCUUUAAACCAUUUACACGGUGAAUUAGCCGAAGCUGGUUUUAGUCAAGUUUUCGUUGAUCAAAUGCAUCCAGAUAUUGUAGCGGUGACUCGACACAAUCCAAUAACGCAUCAAAGUGUAAUUUUAGUUGCGCACACUGCAUUCAGUAAACCGCAUCCAAAUGCUGGACCAACUGGCGUUCGACCAUUAGUAUUUGAGGGUUUAUUGGAUGAAAUUAUUCUUGAAGCUGAACUUACGCACAAUGGAUCGGGUAAAUUAUAUGAUCAAUUCUCGAAUUUCGUCAAGAAUAAAAAGUAUAUCAAUGGCCUUGACGAAUAUGAAUUGAACAUAAGCGAGCACAUCCCAUUAACUGAAUCAAAUAUAUUUGAUCAUAAAACGUAUAAAGAUGGAAAUCGUACGCAAUUGAACUUUUUGAACUUAAGACCCGGCAGUGUCGUCGCUGUUAAAGUAUCGCUGUAUAAAGAGACAAAACCGCAAUUGGAUCAAGUGGAUGAGCUGAUAAAAUCGUUCCAAAACGAAACUGGACCCAAAUACGAUGAAUUGAAGCAAAUCAUUUCGAAAUUGGACUUGAACGAUUUGAAUCGUGCGAUUUAUCGAUGUGAUCAGGAGGAACGUGACAUGGGAAUGGGUUCGGGCAGUUACGAUAUUCCCGACUAUGGACCAUUGGUAUAUUGUGGAACACAAGGUUUUGUAUCGGUUUUAACCGAAAUCACACCCAAUAACGAUCUUGGCCAUCCAUUUUGCAAUAAUUUGCGACAGGGCAAUUGGAUGAUUGAUUAUAUUCAUGAACGUCUUGCAAAACAUCCAAACACCGUCAAUUUAUCGAAAUGGUUUGCCGAUAAUACAGAAGCACUGAAACAAAUUCCAAGAUACUUGAUACCAAGCUAUUUUGAUAUUAUUGUAACUGGCGUACAUCAACUACUUGUGGAUCAUGCCAUUCAAUUGAUGUCACCAUUCAUUCGCAAUGGAAGUGGUUUCGUGAAAGAUUUGGCGCUCGGCUCCGUUCAAUGUGUGGCUAUUUCAAAUUCAGCCGAUUUACCGAAAUUAAGUCCAAAAGUGUCAGAGCCAAAACCAUCAUCACGAUGCCCAACACUUUCGGCUGGUCUUCCUCACUUUUCGACUGGAUACAUGCGGUGUUGGGGCCGUGACACAUUCAUUGCAUUGCGCGGUUUGCUUUUGUUAACCGGACGCUACGAUGAGGCUCGAUAUAUUAUUCUAGGCUUUGCAGCAUGCUUACGGCAUGGUUUAAUUCCAAAUUUAUUGGACAAUGGAACAAAACCACGUUUCAAUUGUCGUGAUGCAAUUUGGUGGUGGUUGUAUAGCAUCAAAGAUUACGUUUAUGAAGCACCAAAAGGUCAUGCCAUACUCAAUGAACCGGUUUCACGUCUCUUCCCAACCGAUGAUUCAGAUGCCAAACCAGCCGGCGAAUGUGAUCAACCUCUUCACCAAGUGAUUCAAGAAGCGCUGAAUAUACACUUCCAAGGAUUAGUUUUUCGCGAACGAAAUGCUGGCCCGGAUAUAGAUGCUCAUAUGAAAGAUCAAGGUUUUAACAAUCAAAUUGGCACAAAUCCAAAUACCGGAUUUGUGUUCGGAGGCAAUGAAGCAAAUUGCGGCACAUGGAUGGAUAAAAUGGGAUCGUCAGACAAAGCUGGAAAUCGUGGCAUUCCGAGUACACCACGCGAUGGUUCAGCCGUUGAAAUUGUCGGCUUACAAUAUGCUGGAUUAAGAUUUUUACAAAAAUUGGCUGAAUCGCAGUUGAUUCCAUACGAUUCGGUCGAACGUAAUGGCAAAAAUGGUGACAAAACCGCUUGGACAUUCAAAAAAUGGGCUGAUUUAGUUCAAGCCAAUUUUGAAAAUGAAUUCUAUACCACACCGGAAAUGGGAUCAUUGGUUAAUAAAGUUGGAAUUUACAAAGAUUCAGUUGGUGCAUCACAAGCAUGGGCCGACUAUCAAUUGAGAUGCAAUUUCCCAAUAACAAUGGUCGCUGCACCUGAUUUAUUCGAUCCAAAGCACGCUUGGAAUGCAUUGGAAAUGGCCAAAAAAUACUUGCUCGGUCCGUUGGGUAUGAAAACACUUGAUCCAGAAGAUUGGGGAUAUCGCGGCAACUAUGAUAACAGUAACGAUUCGGAUGAUGCAAAAGUCGCACACGGUGCCAACUAUCAUCAAGGACCGGAAUGGGUAUGGCCAAUCGGAUUUUAUUUGCGUGCACGUUUGAUUUUUGCUGAAAAGAAUAAUUGCCUGAAAGAAACAAUCGCCGAAACUUAUUCAAUUUUGAUGACACACUUACGUGAAAUUGAAACAUCACAUUGGCGAGGUUUGGCCGAAUUAACAAAUGAAAAUGGUAGCUAUUGUUCGGAUUCGUGCCGAACACAAGCAUGGAGCAUGGCAACCGUUUUGGAGGUACUCAAUGAUCUAAAUAAAUUUCAAGUUGCAAGCAAGAACAACAAAUAAGCAUAUAACACAUUAGUCAAUUAAUAAGAGUAAUACUAAAUGAAAGAAAAAAAAAUAAUCAUUCAACACUAUUCUUGUCAUUGUUAAAAAUAUUGCAUAUAUUCAAAGUCAUUUAUAUAUUUUUUUUUAUUUAUUAAGUAUGUAAGUGUUUGUUACGAAAAUUAUUUUGGCAUGACAUUUUGUAGAAAAUAUGAAUUUAGCUUUGAGAUUUAAAUUGUUUAAACAGAAACCAUUCAAAUAUUUUGAAUCACAGUCAUCUAAUUUUGUGUACCAAAUCAUUGAAACGGAUUUUACAACUGUAAAUAUUUAUAUUAUGCAAUUCGCAAAACUAUUGAAAAGUGAACAGAAUAGGGAAUUAAAAAUUUGAAUGUAAUUGUUUUGUGAAUAAAAAAAAUUCACACAAAUCAUAAA